AUGGCGGCUACGCCUUCUUAUGGAGCGGUCGCCCAAGGCAGAGCGACGGGACGCGGGCAUCGCCUUGCCAUUCGGAAUGACAUCGUGGAACGACUGCCCUGUCCGCCGCAGGGUACCAACGAUCGCCUGAUUAGUCUCUGCCUUCCUCUUCGGGGAGGUAAACUUGUAGUUAUCGUCAGUGUCUAUGCUCCCGCGAUGUCCAGCCCCGACGCCGAAAAGGACAAAUUCUACGAGGACCUGCACGCCCUCCUGGCGUUUGUGUCGAAAACGGAUAAGCUGACUGUCCUAGGGGACUUCAACGCCCCCGUCGGCACAGACCAUGCUGUUUGGAGAAGAGUGCUACGUCCCCGUGGUCCAACGGCUCCAAUGACAAUGGUUUGUUCCUCCUACGAGCCUGCGUAG